GCUCACUGCGCGCGGGUUGCACGUUGUGUCUCAGCAGGGGAUCACGCGAGCCUUCAGAGACUGGCUAGGUUGUCCUGGGUGAGGUGAGGCCGUGUGCUCGAGCCGACUGUGUGCCGCACGAGAUAUUUUGGUGGGCACGCAGACUUCUGUCUGCAUGGUGGGGUAUCCUGUACCAUUUGAGUAUGAGGGGUGGCCUGUUAUCAGCGGGCUUUCAUGCUGCCUGGCUAUCAGUCCGUAAGGGGAAUUUUUGGAAACCCCCAAGACCCUCUCGCAGGGUUUGUCUAUGGUACAGCGUUCGUCGGCUCUUGUUCCGUGACGCCCCCACACGAUCGGAUCAUUCAGGUCUUGUACGAUAUAUAUAUUCAUAUUGACCCUCCCGGACUGAGCACAGGAUGCGAGCAUCAUAACGGGACAUAUUUAGAGGAAUCCGACAGCUUCAGGUCAACGCAGCACUCCAUGGAAGAUAUUCAUACGCCUUCCCUUCACUCUCUCUGCAGGAGGAUAUCAUGCGUGGCUCCCUCCCGACCCUUGUACCUCCGAUAUAUCUGGAAAUCAUGGAGCGCGGUCCAGAAGACAUGGAUCUCAUCUGCAUUCAUAAUCGCCGCGAUGAUUCCCACUACGCUCGUCUCUCUAGACGAUGCAAUCAACCUCAUGAAUCUUUGCCAGCAGUAUAGACCGCCACACGGCGACUUACACGAAUCCUCGCGCUGCCAGAAC